AUGAAACUGAUUCCCAUCUUAUUGGUUCUUGUUGCUUUUCUCGUCAGCCAGGCUGAUGCAGGUCUGAUUCGCAAACGACGUUUUCGUCGUCCUCUUCAUUCGGUCCAUGUUUUGUCUGACUUCUUGGAUGAGGCUCAGGAAUUCAUGGUGGAAGCGCUUCAAGACUUUUCCUUGGCGCCAUCUCCAGAACCAUCGGCUCUUGCUAGAAUCAGCGAUGCACCGUCCUUGGAACCAACAUCUGUUUCGGUGAAUCCUACUCUAGCUGCGACGCCUAUUCCUACAGCAACGUCACCAAAUCCAACAUCCAGCCCUUCAGCAGUUGUGUCAUUGUCUCCAUCCGAGUCUCCAUCAGACCGACCAUCCAUCAGACCAGCCCAAGUACAAGUACCAACAAGCAUUCCAUCGUCGAGUCCAACAAGAAUUGAUGUUGGUGCCAUGCUCUCGGUGGAACCUAGCACUGCUUCUGAAUCUCCGACGGCAGAAAUCACUUCGGGUCCAACGUCCAGACCAUCAGCAGUUGAGGAGUCAAUGUCCCCAUCCGAGUCUCCAUCUGAAUCUCCAUCCGAGUCUCCAUCAUCUCGGCCAUCCAUCAGUCCAACCAAAGCACCAACAAGUAUUCCAUCGCCGAACCCAACGAGAUUUGAUAACGGUGCCAUGUUCUCCACGGAACCUAGUAUUGCGACAGCACCUCCAACAGCUGAAGCCACACAAGCUCCAACUUCUGGACGUGUCAAUGUGAAUCCUUUCCCAUCGCUAUUUUCUCCUUUUACCGAAGCACCCACUGAAGAAACGAGUGGACCUACUACAGUUUCGCCAUCCAAACAACCAAGCGCGGAACCAUCAGAGGAACCAAGUAGUACACCAACGGUCGACGUGGAGCCACCAUCUCUAACGCCAAGUGAGUUCCCGACAGUUGACGUGGAACCGCCAUCACAGCAACCUACAAUGCCUACAGUUGUUCCAUCCGACGAACCAUCUAUUAUUGCGUCUAGUAUGGACCCCACUAUUGGACCAACUAGAACACCAUCCGAUGUCCCAACGAUUUCGCCGAAUGAGCCGUCCUCGGAACCAACGAUCCACCCGACUGAAAUGCCGUCAGAAGCUCCAACCGUCUCGACAUUGACUCCAACAGUGAUCUCAUCAAUUCAUCAUACUAUUACACCUACCGACACACGAGCAAAAACUCCGUCAGAAAUCCCACCGGAACAGCCCACUAUUGUGGUUAGUGGCAGUCCAACCAUUGCUCAUUCCUUGGCGCCUGGUGUAAUAACCAAUUUACCCACAAUGGCACCAACGGACACUCCUUCGGAAGAUCCCACUGUCGUCGCGAGCGGCAUUCCAACCAUCGCUCAUUCUUUCACGCCUAAUCCCACUGUCGUCGCGAGCGGCAUUCCAACCAUCGCUCAUUCUUUCACGCCUAGUGAAAUGACCAGAUCCCCUACAAAGACACCAACGAAAGUGCCAUCGGAAGAGCCCACUGUCGUCGCGAGCGGCAUUCCAACCAUUGCUGAUUCUUUCACGCCUACAGCAAUGACCAGUUUCCCUACAAUGCCACCAACGAACAUGCCAUCGGAGGCACCAACUGUCGUCGCGAGCGGCAUUCCAACCAUUGCUCAUUCUUUCACGCCUACAGCAACGACCAGUUUCCCUACAACGACACCAACGAAAGUGCCAUCGGAAGAGCCCACUGUCGUCGCGAGCGGCAUUCCAACCAUUGCUCAUUCCUUGACGCCUACAGCAACGACCAGUCCCCCUACAACGACACCAACAAAAGUGCCAUCGAAAGAGCCCACUGUCGUCGCGAGCGGCAUUCCAACCAUUGCUCAUUCCUUGACGCCUACAGCAACGACCAGUUUCCCUACAAUGCCACCAACGACCAUGCCAUCGGAAGAGCCCACUGUCGUCGUGAGCGGCAUUCCAACCAUUGCUCAUUCCUUGACGCCUACAGUAAUGACCAGUUUCCCUACAAUGCCACCAACAAAGGUGCCAUCGGAGGCACCAACCGUCGCCACCGCGACUCAAGAAGAUGGCUCCUUGAAAGAAUCCGCAAUUCCUACAAGUGGACCGACCGAAGCGCCAUCGAAUGUACCAAACAUAUUCCAGUCUCCAUCUGACGAACCAACCAAUGUCCCAUCCGAAGUUCCAACUAUUCCAACUGAAAAGCCAUCCCUUCGACCGAGCAAAUCAUCAGCGAUGCCAAGUAGCCGACCAACUAUGCCAAAAGGGCAGGACAAGACAGAUGCACCAACCACCUUCAAACGAAACAAUCCAGCUUUCCCACUGGGCUCUGCUUCUCCAACGAUUGCAAGGGGUACCACUGUUCCGUCUACGGCACCAACUCUUCCAAGCAGUGAUCCUGCAAUGCCUACCAGUUCCGAGAUGCCUUCCGGUGAUGUGCCGAUUGACCGCGACGGCGACAACCCGUCUUGUGUUCCAUCGCCAAAUACCUUACCCAAUCUAUUUCUUCGGAACAAAAUGAAACAAAAGAUGGAAGAGAACGGGUUCAGCAGAGGCAAAUCGGGAACUUCAAGUGGCAAAACGAGAGGUACUGUCCCACCUACUGGAGGUCGAAGUGAUAGCAGCGACACUUCUUCGGUAAAAGGACGAGGAAAAGGAAAGGCUUCGUAUUGCCUGGAAGGAAAGGGCAAGGCCAAAGGAAAGGCGAGUGGAGGUGAUGGCGAAGCACAAGGUAAGGCCGAUGGAAAGGCGAGUGGAAAAGCCAAGGGGAAAUCGAAUGGAAUCCCUUUCCCAGGUAAGGCCGAGGUGAAUCCAGGUAAAGCACUUGGUAACGGUGGUGGCAAAUCAGGAAAAGAAGGUGCAGGAGAGGCAACAGAUGGUGGCAAUGAGAGUCUAGGCAAAGCUGGAGUUGGAAAGGCAAGUGAUGGUGUCUUUAGUGGUAAAGCAGGAAAAGCAAGUGCCGGUAAAGCAACUCGAGAUGGCGCUGGGGGUCUAGGCAAAGGUGGAGCCCGAAAUGCAGGUCGUCCUAGCAUUAUUGCACAAGGGAAAGCCGGAAUGACGGGUGAAUUCAAGGAAGAACUAGAACUUUCCGAACAGAUCAAUCCUAUGGGCAACAAUACCAACGGUAUGUAG